UGUCUUGGUAUUUUAGGUAUUACAAGCAUAGACCCAGACUGUAUUUUGCCACCUGAGCCCGGUAAAUGCAAGGCCCGUUUGCCUCGUUACUACUUUGAUCCAAAAACUGGAAGUUGCUCGUCGAAAUUCAUCUAUGGCGGAUGUGGCGGAAAUGACAACCGAUUUGUAACUGAAACGCAAUGCAAAGAUACAUGUUCAAGUAAACCUUUUGCAAAAUCAAACCCAACCUGUUUUUUGCCACCUGAGCCCGGCAGAUGCAAGGCCCGCAAGCGUCGUUACUACUUUGAUCCAACAACUGGAAGUUGCUCGUCAUUCAACUAUGGCGGAUGUGGCGGAAAUGGCAACCGAUUUAAAACUAUAAACCACUGCAAAAAUAAAUGCUUACCAAGUACACGUUCGCCUGAAUAUUGCCAGCUGCCCUUCGACUACGGAGACUGUGAUGUCGGUGAAGGGGUGAAAUGGUACUAUGACGCGGCCUCUGCGUUGUGCCUGGAAGAAAUUUACUCGGGCUGUGGCGGCAACGGAAACAUUUUCGACACUGAGGAACACUGCUAUGAUACGUGCGCUGAACUAAAACCAACUAAUGAACUGCCCAAGCGCAAGCCGCGCCUUAGUGAAGCAGGAGUUUCAGCUAUUUUAGGAAGCAAGAGGUUACAAGGCAUACUAGAAAACAUAUUCAGGAACAAACCCCCAAAAAACUUGAAGGUAGUUUUUAAUUUGUAUGAAGAUUAA